UUAAUAAAAUUAAUGGUUCCUACAAAGACAUAUCAAGAAAUAAAGAGUAAAAACACAAAAUACAAGUAGGGUGGGCUCAGGACCCGGCGCCCAGGGCUCGCCGGGGACACUGGGCGCUGGGGCGGGUCUCUGGGCUCCUCCGCGGCUGCGGGAGGUGGUGCCGGGCUCGCGGCCCGCAGGGAGCGCUGCUGCGCCGUUCCGCCGCCGGCCACUCAGGCCGCCCACCCCGCGGGCGCGCCUCUCCGCAGUCCAGCGCCGCCCGGCCCGGGACCCACUCGCUCCGAGCGCGCACACUUCUCGGCUGGACAGAGGACGCCGGCCGCUCCGGGCCGCCCCUGUGCUGUCCUACGGCGCCCGCUCGGCCCACCGCCCCCAGCCCGGCACCGCGUCCCGCCUGAGCCCGAGCGCAGAGUUCCGGGCCCCAGGAGACUCUCGGCCGUCGGCGGACCCCUCGGCCCCUCCGCCGGCGCGCUCGGCGCCCUGCUCGCGGGGCUCAGGGGAGGGCGGCGGCCAGCUGGGGAUGGGCGGCUCGGCGGCGCAGAGGGGCGCCGGGGGGCUCCGUGCGCUGCUCCUGGCGUUGGUGGCUGCAGGGACCCCUGCGGGCGCCUACAACCUGGACCCGCAGCGCCCAGUGCGCUUCCAAGGUCCUGCCGGGUCCUUCUUCGGCUACGCGGUGCUGGAGCACUUCCACGACAACACGCGCUGGGUCCUUGUGGGUGCACCAAAGGCGGAUUCCAAGUACAGCACUUCAGUGAAGUCCCCUGGGGCUGUGUUUAAGUGCCGAGUCCACACCAACCCUGACCGGAGAUGCACCGAACUGGACAUGGCUCGAGGGAAGAAUCGGGGCAUGCCCUGUGGAAAGACCUGCCGGGAAGACCGAGAUGAUGAGUGGAUGGGGGUCAGCCUGGCGCGGCAGCCCAAGGCCGAUGGCCGUGUGCUGGCCUGUGCCCACCGCUGGAAGAACAUCUACUAUGAAACAGACCACAUCCUGCCCCAUGGCUUCUGUUACAUCAUCCCGUCCAACCUCCAGGCCAAAGGCAGGACGCUGAUCCCUUGCUAUGAAGAGUACAAGAAGAAGUACGGAGAGGAGCACGGCUCCUGCCAGGCCGGGAUAGCGGGCUUCUUCACUGAGGAGCUGGUGGUGAUGGGCGCCCCAGGCUCAUUUUAUUGGUCUGGGACAGUCAAAGUGCUGAACCUCACGGACAACACCUAUUUCAAACUGAAUGAUGAAGUGAUCAUGAACAGGAGGUACACCUACCUGGGCUAUGCAGUUACUGCCGGCCACUUUUCUCACGUGUCCUCCACUGACGUGGUAGGAGGUGCCCCGCAGGAUGAAGGCAUCGGAAAGGUUUAUAUUUUUAGAGCUGACCGAAGAUCAGGCACCUUAAUUAAGAUUUUUCAAGCUUCAGGUAAAAAGAUGGGCUCUUACUUCGGCUCCUCCUUGUGCGCAGUUGACCUGAACACUGACGGCCUCUCCGACCUAUUGGUGGGGGCCCCCAUGUUUUCUGAGAUCAGGGACGAAGGGCAGGUCACCGUCUACAUCAACAAAGGAAAUGGAGUCCUGGAGGAGCAGCUGACCCUGAGCGGAGACGGUGCCUACAAUGCACACUUCGGGGAGAGCAUUGCCAGCCUGGGCGACCUGGAUGAUGAUGGAUUCCCAGAUGUGGCCAUUGGCGCACCCAAGGAGGAUGACUUUUCGGGAGCAGUGUACAUCUAUCAUGGUGAUGCCAGGGGGAUGGUCCCUCAGUAUUCCAUGAAGCUGUCGGGGCGGAAGAUAAGUCCGGUGCUGCGGAUGUUUGGUCAGUCCAUAUCGGGAGGCAUUGACAUGGAUGGAAAUAGUUAUCCUGAUAUAACUGUUGGAGCCUUCAUGUCGGACAGUGUGGUUCUCCUAAGGGCGAGACCCGUCAUCACAGUGGACGUCUCCAUCUUCCUCCCCGCCUCCAUCAACAUCACGGCGCCUCAGUGUCAUGACGGCCAGCAGCCUGUGAACUGCCUGAACGUCACCGCCUGCUUUAGCUUCCACGGCAAACACGUUCCGGGAGAAAUAGGCCUGAAUUAUGUUCUGACGGCUGAUGUGGCCAAAAAAGAGAAGAGCCAGUUGCCCAGGGUCUACUUGGUGCUGCUGGGAGAGCCCGCGGGUCAGGUCUCUGAGCAGCUGCGGCUGCUGCACUUGGAGGAGACGUGUCAGCACUAUGUGGCCCACGUGAAGCGGAGAGUACAGGACGUCAUCAGCCCCAUCGUGUUCGAGGCCGCCUACAGCCUGGGCGAGCAUGUGACGGGAGAGGAGGAGAAGGAGCUGCCAGCCCUGACCCCCGUGCUCCGCUGGAAAAAGGGACAAAAGAUUGCCCAGAAGAAUCAGACCGUGUUUGAAAGGAAUUGCCGAUCUGAGGACUGUGCUGCCGACCUGCAGCUGCAGGGUCACCUGUUACUCUCCAGCGUUGAUGAGAAAACCCGGUAUCUAGCUCUGGGGGCUGUGAAGAACAUCUCCCUAAACAUCUCCAUCUCAAACCUUGGGGAUGAUGCCUAUGAUGCCAACGUGUCGUUCAACGUUUCUCGGGAGCUCUUCUUCAUCAACAUGUGGCAGAAGGAGGAAAUGGGCAUUUCCUGUGAACUGCUAGAAUUGGACUUCCUCAAAUGCAGUGUGGGAUUUCCUUUCAUGAGGUCAAAGUCAAAGUAUGAAUUCAGCGUGAUCUUUGAUACAAGCCACCUGUCUGGGGAAGAGGAAGUUCUCAGCUUCAUCGUUACUGCUCAGAGUGGCAACGUGGAGCGCUCAGAGUCCCUUCACAACAACGUCCUCACACUGACGGUGCCGCUGAUGCACGAGGUGGACACGUCCAUCACGGGAAUCAUGUCUCCAACCUCCUUUGUGUACGGCGAGUCUGUGGACGCAUCCAACUUCAUUCAACUGGAUGACCUGGAAUGUCAUUUCCAACCCCUCAACGUCACCCUUCAGGUCUAUAACACUGGGCCAAGCACCCUUCCUGGGUCAUCUGUCAGCAUGUCCUUCCCCAAUCGACUGUCACCUGGUGGAGCAGAGAUGUUUCACGUGCAGGAGAUGGUGGUGGGCCAAGAGAAGGGAAACUGUUCUUUCCAGAAAAACCCAACCCCCUGCAUCAUCCCUCAAGAACAAGAAAAUAUCUUCCAUACAAUAUUUGCUUUUUUCACAAAGUCGGGAAGAAAAGUCUUGGACUGUGAAAAAACAGGAAUUUCUUGCCUAACAAUGCACUGUAACCUUAGUGCACUCGCUAAAGAAGAAAGUCGUACUAUAGACAUUUAUAUGCUGCUGAACACAGAAAUACUGAAGAAGGACAGUUCAUCUGUUAUCCAGUUCAUGACCCACGCCAAGGUGAAGGUGGACCCUUCCCUGAGAGUGGUGGAGGUAGCCAGUGGAAACCCGGAGGAGAUGACGGUGGUCUUCGAGGCGUUGCACAAUCUGGAGCCACGAGGCUACGUCGUGGGGUGGAUCAUUGCCAUCAGCUUGCUGGUGGGAAUCCUCAUCUUCCUGCUGCUGGCCGUGCUGCUCUGGAAGAGUUGCCACCAGUCCUAACACAAUAUGGUGGAAGCCUCACUCCAAACCAGAAGCUUGAUGGGCUUCUUUCGCAGAAGGUACAAAGAAAUUAUUGAAGCUGAGAAGAACCGGAAAGAGAAUGAAGACAGUUGGGACUGGGUCCAGAAAAACCAGUGACCCGCUACCCCACCCCGUGACGUGGCCCAGUCGUUCGCCUGUCGUCCCGAUCUUUGUAUCUUCCAUAUUUGGAAGAAAGAAUCUUCUCCAGAUUUUUCGGAGGCCCCACGAUGCUGUUCUUGUCCUCAUUCUCUCAAGCCCAGGUGGCAACCUGAGGCAGCCACUUCGGCCAGGUCGCCUGACUGGAACCACCACCACCUCCUUUUCCAGUUGAACUCCGAACUUUGGAAAGCCGGCUGCAGAGCUGGGGGAUAUUUAUGGAUGCAACAAGUGUGGUCAACCCUCAGGGGAAAACUGUUAACCUAAAAGUAUUUUUAUAAAUAUAAGCCUUUUAUACUGAUUAUGUCUUUAUAUUUGUAUCGAUGUUUUAUUAUUUCUAUUAAAUGAUUAUAUAGUUCACUCAAGCACUGAUAUCUGGCCUGAAAUCUUGGAAAUACAUGUACAUUCAUACAAAUGUUAAAGGAAAAAAGAUCUUAUUGUACUUUGGAAUGGAACUUGCCGUUAAAAAAAGGACUUGCAGAUGAAAUCAUCUGAAGAAACCUCGUGUGAAGAAUCCAUCAAGCAGGCGGUGCUAUAUAUCAACUGCAGUUGGGGUUGACCGCGAAGACAUUUCACGUCUUUGUUGCCUGGAGUCAAGUGUGAAGUAAUGUGCUAAAGAACCAAGAGUGUUUUUUCAUCUGUACCUUUCAUUGGAAGAUUCCCAGCAGGAAUUUGGAUGGAAAAACCUGUUUCCUGCGGCCUGCUCUGCAUCACCUUAUAGAGCAGGCAUUUCACCCUCCUUUCACUUGGAUCAAGACAUGAAAGAUUGGAGCAGUGCCAGUUGGUUAUCUGGUAAACCUCAGAAUGGCAUCUCAUCCUGGACAAAGUGCAUCAGAGUCCACACACCACCAGGACUAAAUCAGUGGCCGUCAGGCAGAGACUUGUGUCUGAAUGCUGUGAUGUGUUGCCUUUUCACGGUAAUUUGAGUCAGAGGUCUCCAUUGUCCCCAGCACUCUUGCUGUCCCAGCUAAUGGUAAUUGCAGAGUCCUUCCCGGAGAUGACCAUUCGACCUGUCUUUUUUUAAAAAUUGUAUCUUAGGUGGGAUUCUUAAGAAGUGGACCCUGAGACAAGGAUUUUCACACAGUAACUUAUGAAGGAAGUUUCCCCAGGGCACACCAGUAAAGACAUGAGGGAAGCAGGACAGGAAAGGGGAGGAGGCCACGUAAGGAAGUCACUUCAGGGCACAUCCUGUGCGGGGGGCUUCAGCCUAACCCUGCAGUGGGAGCUCUGGAGGGUAACUUACAUCUCAGAGUUGUACCAACCCGCAGUAAGGGAGCUGAGCAUUCAGAGUCUUGCACCCAGGGGAGAUGUAAACACGUUUCACUUCAUGCCAGCAAAAGAGCCCCCAUAGCUCAGGAGCAGUCCUCAAAGAGAGCUGCACCCCAACCUGGGAGGCACACAGAAACGAUGUAAAGGGCUCUGGGCACAGCGCUAAUGUCAUCACCUCCGCCUGCAGGGCUGAAGGCCGAGUAUGGCCUUCACUGUGCAAGCUCUCUGUUUGACCGUGUUUGUCACCAGAUGCACAGUGCUGUCCAGGUUUGAGUGCGGUGUGAUUCUCUGAAAGGCAAGGAGAGGGUGGAGGUAGCGUGUUGAGCACUGCACCUGGCCUGGGGUGAACACUCAGUAACGGGGAGCAGCCCUGGCUGCUGUUGCCACUGCUGGAAAACCAUCUGGUGUGAAGGAAAAUGUAUCUAAGAACAGGGUCUGACAGAGUCCUCAGAGACUUAUCACAGCCUGCUCAAGCCGCAGGUGCAAACAGAUGGCAUCAGAUGCGAAUGAAACAAGAAACAAGACCAUCUCUCUCCUAGGGCCUUGUUGACUGGAGGCUAACAUGUAAGGGGCCUGUGAGUGUUGUUGAAAAGACACAGAACUCAACUGCAGGGGAGACAGGUUUUUCUAUACACAUACUUGGCCAGUCCUUGCAAAGAUACCUAAAGUUUUGCAAAUCAUGAGAGUGCUGGGCGCUUGCGAACCUGGCAUGGAGCACGCAUGUCUUUGUUUUUUAUGCAGUUGACUCUGAUACAGGCAGAUGCGGAAUGCAUCAUGCUUCCCUUCCCAGUGACCAUGGGAGUAGACAGAAGCCAGAGGGUCAAGGGUAUGAACUAGGCUGGUCUUAGAAGGAAGUUAAAGAUAGAGCCUCUGACUGAGGGAUGGAGGCCCUGAGGUAACAACAGGCAGAUGCAGGCAAAGGAACCAGCUCUCCCUGAGAGUUCAGCUAGGAUGGAUGUGUACGGACCCCAGCUGUGCCUGAGGCACUGUGCUGAGUGCUGCUGGCUCCCCUGGGAAUACCAGCGCACACUUUGCCCGGGGGAGACAGAUCUUCCCACAGCAGAGCCUAGAGCAUGGAUUCCUUUACGAAACCUCAUUUGCAGCUCUCCUUGGACAUUCUCUUGCUUGUUUCAUGGUGUCCUUUAAUAAAUCAUUUAAUACUUCCCUGGUGGCUCAGCGGGUAAAGAAUCUGCGUGCAAUGCGGGAGACCUCGGCUUGAUCCCUGGGUUGGGAAGAUCUCCUGGAGAAGGGAACGUCUAACCCACUCCAGUAUUCUGUCCUGGAGAAUUCCAUGGACUGUAUAGUACAUGGGGUUGCAAAGAGUCAGACACGACUGAAUGACUUUCACCUUUUGGGAUUCUUAGGUGGUAGACCUGGACAACUCCAUCCGUGACUUUGACUAAAUGCAGUAAUGGGCACUCACCAGCCUCCUGCAAGGAGUGCAGAUGCACUGGUGAGAGUGUAACAGGAUAGCUGGCAGGCCCACAGUUCUGCACCCUCAAUGGGGGAAGGGCAGACUCCGUAACCAGUGUCAGAGCUAGGAUCCAUGUGCUUCUGAGUGGCAGACACUCAGGCGUGAGCAUAUACCCUGGAGGUUACUAAGACUAGAUAGGACAGUUUUUAAGAAAACCAUGCUUGGCAUCUGCUGGAGCAAAUACUGGCAGCCAGUUUGGGGCAGGGGGUACCUCUACUUAUUUCCUGAUGCUUAGUAGCAGGCAGGCUGCAGGGAGUGGAGAGCUGACCAGUUAGCACAGACAGAGAGAGGGAAGUCUCGCAGGUUGUCAGGGCUCUCAGCUUGGCCAGUUUACCAGCUCCAUCCAGUUUAGAAGCCAUCAGAAGGCUCUUGAGGGAAGCAGAAAGAAUGGGUUGGUGUGUCUUUGUUCCUUCUCCAGAAGGUUCUUUUAAGAUUCCACAGCACCUUCCCAUUUCUAUCUUUCCUGCCUCUGUGGAUUCGCUGUGGAACACUAUCUGGUACUCUCUUGCACAGCAUUGUCAGCUUCAGCUUUUGAGUGUGUAUUCACUAGGGUUGUCAUCAACCCUCACAAGGAUUGAGAUGCUUUUUAAAUAUGAAAAAAGGACCUUUGUAGAAAUUGAGAGAAUGCCCCCUUUUCAAGAAUGAUUCACUUAUGCUCAGUUUACAUGGACUAAGGAGUUUGGAACACCCCCUAAGUGAGCCUUGAACCCAUCACAAAGAGGCCUUGAGGUUCAGGAAUGAAGGGACACUGGCAGGAGCGAGUGAGUCCAGUGGUUUUAUGGUGACUGACAGGCAUGUGUCCAGAAUCACUUGCUACUGAGGUCACUGAGGCAUUGUCAGUCAAUUCUUCAGAAAAAUUCCAUCAACAUCACUAAGCCCUCAGCAUUCUGAAGUUGGUUAAGCUUUGUAGAAAAUCCAGUAGAAAGUUCUCCUUUACCAAGUCAUAUGUAGCCUUCAGCCCUGGAGCCAGAGGCAAGGAGAUUCCAAACAAAACCAGCAAGCCUCCUAGAGACAUCUGGGACUCGUUUUUGUCGUGAACAUGUAGCGGAUCCCUUGGGUGGUUGAUACGGGUGCUGAUGCACAAACUGUGGAGCCGUAGCAGUCAUCUUUAGAAAGCUGAUUCUACUUUUAUUUUUGGAGAAGUCAUCAUGGCAGGGGAAUGCAGUUGUGCAUGGGUUACAUGUAAAGCUACACCUGAUUCAGACUUCUAAAUGUAGAGGCAGAAUAAAGGAUUGGCAUUUGGGGGAAAUGGCCCUUUAGCAGAUUAAAGGCAGAAAACCACUGUCCCUUAGAAAUGUUCCAAGUAUGCAGGGUUUUAGUCCAUGAAUUGUUUAGCUAUAUAGAGCAAGAAGAUACACAGCGGAGAAUGUGUUUUCAAGCAAAGAAUGGCUGAAGUGGCAGUAGGGUCAAAAUGAAUCUUCUAGAAUGUCUUCUGAUUUUCAGCAUGUGAGGGGGGAUAAUGACCAAAUAGCCUAUGUGAUGCAGUGCUUUAUAGCACAAUGAUCUAGGUUUCAGCCUGUGUUAAGGUUUUUUUUUUUUUCAAAUUCUAAUGUGUGACUGGCAGAGUGAGUUUAAAAGCUUUAAGAGUGAUUAAUUGCAUGGCAGGCACCCACGCUAGUUCACUUCCAGAACUUGACUGAUGCAUCCAUGUUUCUGUUGAGGAAUUUUUGUGGGAGGGAUGUUCCUCUUCACAAAGUCACAUGUAUUCAAGUCUAUGCAGUCACUUCUAAUUCACUUGCACUGUUUGGGAAAUGCAGGUUUACAAAAAUACAUGUUUGGAAUAAAAAAAAAAAAUGGCUGCAAACGA